AUGCCUGAAACUCAAAGAAAUGCUUGGAAACUAUUUGCCCUUGCAGUAUGUUGUAUUUCAUUUUUAUCCAUAAUUCAUCCUGUAUUCAUUAUGUAUGUUAGUAUAGACAAUUUUGAUCCAAGUAUAGAUGACAAACGAAGGAUUUUUAUUUAUGAAUACAUGAUAGGUGCAUUAAGGAAAAAUAGUUUGCCUUCUGAAGGUUAUCAAAAACGGCCAGAAACUCAGCAUAUCGAUUGUGGAAGAGUAUUGGGAGGAGAUAAAAGUUACACUGAAAAACUGAUUGGAGAAAACCGUAUCCCACUGAUUCAAAACGGUCUAUUGAAUAUGUCUUGUCCGGAUAUUCAAAAUCGAAUUCAUCCUAACAACCGAAACUUCAUCCCUCUGAAAUCUGGAGGCAUUGCAUUCGCGAGAAUAGUUUACACAGACUACGAAUUUAUUGAAAAACAGUUGGAAAUGUUGUGGCAUCCACAAAACGUCUUCUGUUUCACUGUUGAUAAGAAGUCGCCAAUCGAAUUUAUUUCGAGAAUGAAAAAGUUGGAAGAAUGCCUUGAAAACGUAAUAGUUCUUCCAGCUACUGAAAGUUACGACAGCUCUGGCCACAAUAUGAACAUUGGUCAGAAACGAUGCAUGGAAGCCCUUUUACCGAAGACUGGCUGGAAAUAUAUUCUAUUUCUCCAGAAUUUCGACGUUAUCGUGAAAUCCGUUUACGAGUUGGAAAGGAUUUACGAACUUCUCGGAGGUGUGAAUGAUAUACAUUAUUGCAAGGAGGUCGAAGGGAGAAGGAUUCCUGGAUUGAGCUGGGAUCCGAAAAGUAUGCAUCUAUUCAGAAACGAAUCUGGGAUCAGUGAAAAAGUGUUGCAUUCUCCAAUGAGAGUAUUUAGUGGAUCGGAACAAGCAUCCUUAUCAAGAGCAGCAGUGAAGUGGUUGAUUGAAGACGUGGAUAUGAAUAUUGUCAUUGAACAAUUUAAUAGAACUGCGUAUGGAUGCGACGAACAAUUAUUUCCCAGCUUACAAUUGAACUACGAGUAUGGAAUGCCUGGUCACUUCACUGAUCAAUGCCCUAAUUAUGAUGGCCCAAAGCAAAUUACUCGCAUGACUCAAUGGGCAAACGGAGACGUCAAUAAUUGUCCUUCAAAAAUAGUUCGCCAUGGAAUAUGUCUUAUUGGAAUUGAGCAGCUUGAAGAGUUAUCAAAAAUACCUCACAUAAUGGUUAACAAGAUGAUUCCGUCCUUUGACUACUCAGUCAUUGAAUGUACCGCCGAACUUUUAUACAAUCGAACUUUUUUGGGACAGAAAGAUCACCAGUUAGAUGAGAAAUUCUACGAAGAGUUGUUGCAUGUGACAUACUAUAAACAUCAUAAUGAUCCAGGAUACCAACUUAACUGUACAACACCGAAUACGCUGGAAAACUAUCUCAGGAUACGAAAUAUCUCUUUAGGACCACUUGUUCGUUCAGAUUAA